AUGUAUGUGAUGGGUAUGGGAUUGCUGAAGGUAAAUACUUGGAAGGAAGCAAGAAGUGAAGCACAUUACUUGGUUGAGGAUCUUACAUCAUCUUCUUUACUUCAACGACUUGAGAAUAGAGAUGUCGUUAAAAUGCAUGAUAUAGUUCGUGAUGUUGCAAUAUACAUUGGACAAAACUUUAACAUGUCUACACUUUACUAUGGAUAUAGUACAAGUUGCAAAGGGAUAGAUGAGGAUAAAUGUGGAUCUUAUCGGGGAAUCUUUGUAGACUCUUCCUUCACUAAAUAUAUGAACGAAAUUGAAGAGCUAGAAACGAAUGAGCUAAUUUUUCCGGUGGAUGAAGCAUCAAAGUUAAAAGAGGUUGCAUUGUUCCAAAGCUUAGGAAACAUUGAGAAUGAGUUCUUGCCGAUGGAAAUGAGUGAAGUAUUAUACAGCAUUGAAAAAUUGAAAAUUACAGGAUGCCUCCAGCUGGUACAAGUAUUUGGAAAUGACUCUUAUAUCCAAAGAUGUGCAAGUUUGAAGAACAUGAAUCAAAUGACUGCAACCAGAUUCUCCAAGUUGGUUGAUCUUCAAGCAUAUUCGUUGCCUCUUUCGACCAAUGGAAGAUGGAUCAUCGAUGCCACAACAGGUCGACGUGUGAAGUUAAUGUGCGUAAAUUGGGCAGGGCACAUGCAGGGUAUGUUGGUAGAGGGUCUUCAUCGCAGGCCACUUGAUGAUAUUGCUGCUUUGGUAGCGAAGUUACGAUUCAAUUGUGUGCGUUUGACGUAUUCAAUUCAUAUGUUCACACGACAUGCCAAUGUGACAGUUAAACAAUCUUUUGAGAAUUUUGAUAUGAAGGAUGCCCUAGUAGGAAUAGCUCAAAACAAUCCUUCUAUAUUGAACUUAACACUCGUUGAGGCGUAUGGAGCAGUGGUUGAUUCCCUUGCUGCCCAUGGAAUCAUGGUAGUUUCGGAUAAUCAUAUAAGUCAGCCAAGAUGGUGUUGUGAUAAUGAUGAUGGCAAUGGCUUCUUUGGAGAUCGAUAUUUCGAUCCUCAAGAAUGGUUUCAAGGAAUCAGUUUGGCUGCUCAAAGCUUAAAAAGCAAAGCCCAAGUUGUAGCAAUGAGUUUGAGAAACGAACCACGAGGACCAAACCAAAACGUGGAGAAGUGGUUUCAGUAUAUGAGUCAGGGAGCUAAACUCAUUCACCAAAUUAACCCAAAUGCUUUAGUAGUAGUUUCGGGAUUGAGCUACGACACCGAUCUUAGCUUCUUGAGAAAUAGGUCAAUGGGAUUCAACUUGGACAAUAAACUCGUAUUUGAGGCUCACUUAUACUCCUUCACAAACAACAUGCGUGACUUUUGGAUGUCGAAGCCAUUAAACACAUUUUGUGCUAGUAUCAACCAAGGAUUUGAAGAUCGAGCAGGGUUUCUUGUGAGAGGACAAAACCCAAUACCACUAUUUGUUAGUGAGUUUGGGAUUGACCAGACAGGCACAAACGAGGGUCAAAAUCGAUUUUUGAGCUGCUUUUUUUCUUAUCUUACUGAGAAUGAUUUUGAUUGGGGCUUAUGGGCAUUGCAAGGUAGCUACUAUUAUAAAGUUGGUGUGAAAAAUGCAGAAGAAAAUUUUGGUGUCUUAGAUUCCAAUUUUACAAAAGCAAAAAACUCAAAAUUAUUCCUUCAGAGGUUUCAACUAAUGCAAACAAAACUUCAAGAAUCUCAAAGGUUGCUCUUUUAUACAGAUCCAAGUUCAAAUUUCACAACAUCAUUCAUAAUGUACCAUCCUCUUAGCGGCGGGUGUAUGCGGAUGAACAAAAAAUAUCAAUUAGGAAUUAGUAGCUGUAAGACUUCUAACCGUUGGAGUCAUGAACAAGACGGUGCUCCUAUUAAGUUGGCAGGAUCUAUAUUGUGUUUGAAAGCCAUAGGAGUUGGGCUCCCUCCAAUUCUUUCUCAAGACUGCUCAAGCCAACAAAGUAUAUGGAAAUAUGGUUCAAAUGCCAAAUUGCAACUGGCCACUGUUGAUGAACAAGGACAAGCCUUAUGCUUGCAAAGAGCUUCUCAUUCCCAUCAAAUUGUGACCAAUAAGUGUUUGUGUUCUAAUGAUUCUCAAUGCCAAGAAGAUCCACAAAGCCAAUGGUUUACACUUGUCCCAUCAAAUCUACGUCUCAUAGCUUAA